UGGCUAGAAGCGCAAUCUCAAAAUCCUUUAUGUCCAGUUUGUAAAGCGGGAUGUGGGCAAGAUAAAGUGAUUCCGAUAUAUGGACGUGGAAAAGAGGCAAAGGACCCUAGAAAAAAUGCAGAUAUUCCAAAUCGUCCUGCAGGUCAGAGACCACAACCACAGCGUGAUCUAAAUCAACCUGGAACCCAAUUCUUUCCGGGGUCUUCUUUUCAUUCCGCUGCGUUUGGUCCACAUUUCUCAAUUUCUGCCGGCACGAUAUUUCCAUCAUUGUUUGGUGCGCAAUUUACAUUCCCUCCGCCUAACGGCCCACCUUCACCACAGCAGGCUUUUCU